CCUUGGUAUUAUUCAGCACAAGCUUCUACUGCAAUUACCUUAUUUAUUUUAUUAAACACCAUUAAUUUUUUUUCUAUACGUAUAAAAGAUUUUUUUUGGCAUUUGCCCGCGAAAAUGUUGAAAGUGAUUCUACUAUCCUGUCUCUUAACUCUGUUUUUCGACUCUCAUAACUGCUGGAUCAUAAACGAUAUAAAUAUAAAAAUGUUAUCGAGAAGUGCUAUGAACAACGAUGUUCUUGAAGAUCAAUUAGUCGACGAAACUACCAUAUCACAGAAAAAUAUCAAUUUGAUUUAUCCCGGAACGAAAUGGUGUGGCGCCGGCAAUAUAGCAGAUAAUUAUGAUGACUUAGGGACUGAAAGAGAAGCAGAUAUAUGUUGCCGGGACCAUGACAACUGUCCUGACACCAUACCUGGAGGGCAAACCAAGUAUAAUCUGACUAACGAAGUGUUUUAUACCAGAUUGAGUUGCAAAUGCGAUAACAAAUUCCUGAAAUGUUUGCGAUCAGCUAAAACGAAGACUGCUAAAUACAUCGGAAUGAUAUACUUCAACGCAUUGCAAACUAAAUGCUUCAGGAACGACUAUCCAGUUACCGAGUGCAAGAAACGAGGAGGAUGGCUCAACUCAAAAUGUUUGGAAUACUCUUACGAUAAAACCGGUGAAAAGAAAUACCAAUGGUUUGAAGUGCCAGACUUUUAAAGAAGAUACACCCUAUCAAUCGAUAUCAAGACAAUAUUUCAAUAAUAUGUGUAAAUUAAUAUACUAAUUUAUUAUUCAAUAGUACGGCAGCUCUAAAUGAGAAAGCAACUAAAUUAAAAACUAGUCAAAGAUGCGUUAUUUAUUAUAUCUAAACGUUAAAAAGUUAUGUUGUAAAAACGGACUAAACCUGAAACGGAACUUUCUACCCAGUGCCACGAAAAUUGCGCUUGCACAAUCUCUUUUAUCUACUUCCUAUCCUUGAAUAUGCCAAUGCCAGCUAUCUCGACCUCAGAGUGGACCAACUAGAUAAACUUGAACGACUUCAUAAUGUAAAUAUGUGUAUGUCUUGUUUAUUUGCUUAUACUUGUAUAUAUACCGAUUUAAUCAUUAUUUGUACGUCGACUACCCGUAAUCUAUUCAAAAUCAUCUCCAUCCAAAGGUUGUCUGUAAGAGAUUGCUUUUGAGCGAUAAGGCCUGUUGUACUCACACAUAUUUGUUUGUAAUGUCCUUGUCUAUGUUUGUUUUGGUGUACAAUAAAGAAUCUAUCUAAACCUGUUAAAAGUUAUUUCUGUAGAAAAACGGCCAAAGAGAGAUAAAAGUUAUGAUGAGGACCUAAAUAUUUAAAUAAAUAAAUGAGUUUUAUUAAA